AUGACAGAUCCCAUUGAGCUUCCCUUGAUUGACCUGACCAGUUCAGAUCUCGACGCUGCUGGUAAAGCAAUGCUAGACGCGGCAGUCGGAUUUGGCUUUCUCUACAUCGAUAGUAGAACCACCGUUUUCUCGUCCACCGAUGUGGACCGAACUUUUGGAAUGGCUGAACAGUUCUUCAAGCUACCUCUCUCUGAUAAGGUACCAUAUCGAAGAGGAUCAGAUAACAGAAUAUCUGACCCAGGCGCCCUAAAUAGAGAGGAGAUUUCAAAGAGUGGGUUCAUCACUAAAGUUAUCGUUCAGGAAUCAGUGCUUAUAUGUCGGCAUAGGGCUCUGAACAUUGGCGAGCUUCAAGACGAGAAGAUCCAGCAACCCCUGCCUGAAUCUCUUAUGUCCCGCGAGGCAGACAUUGCUACCUUCAUAAGUCUCUGUAAUAAGACAUGCGACCAGAUCCUCAGACUCUUGGCACGUGGUCUUGAGGUCGCAGAUGAUUUUUUCGCUUCCCGACAUGACCCAGCCAAAGGCUCAACCGGGAACUCCCUGAGACUUCUAUACUACCCUGCAGCCGUGUCCUCCUACCGCCCUGAUAAAGAUAUCCGAGCAGGAGCUCAUUCGGAUUAUGGGAGUAUCACGCUACUAUUUCAACGGCCGGGACAGCCAGGCCUGGAGAUCUUAACCACCGAUCAAAAGUGGGCCCCGGUACCCGUGUAUCCAAGCGACAAGGCCGAUUUCCCAUUUCCCCCAAUUUUAGUCAACAUUGGUGAUAUGUUAAGUUACUGGACUGACGGGCUGCUCAAAUCGACAAUUCACCGAGUCGUAUUCCCCCAUGACAAGCAGUCCAUUGCGAAACCAACUCCCCAGGACCGCUAUAGUAUCGCCUUCUUCUGUCAACCUGUUGGAAGCACAGAGCUUGUACCAGUGCCUAGCAAGGUGAUCGCUGCUCACCGACACAAGAAGCAAGAUACAGAUCCUAACGCUAUUGUUGGUUAUGGGGGCGGUGCAAGUGGACUUAGCAUCGACCAGCAUCGGCUGACAGCCGGCGAACACUUGCAAUCCCGACUGGCCGCUACGUAUAUUACAACUAAAUGA